UAUUCUAAUGAGCAGGGAACACCUCAAUGUACAGCAAUGCUUGUGGAAAAGCUUCAAAACUGAUGCCCAAAUAUUGUCCGACCGCAGGAAUAUGAGCAUCCGAGGCUCGUGUUAUUAGGGUAAAACACUCAACCCAGAUGGAUAUGUGUCUCUUUGUGACGUGAUAAACGUGCACAGUUGUAGCAGAAGCAGGCUGACGCAGAUUAAAUUGAAAGAUUGAUUGCUUUUGUUCUGCUGGGAAGGGUGAGGAGGCUCCUGGUGGACACCGGGGUUCCUCUGAAGAUGAUGGAAGAGCACAGGAGGACUCAACAGCGUCUGGAGGCCAGUUUCGCGUGGCUGUGUGAACUGGAGAUCCUGAAGCAGCGGCAGGAGAGUCUGGUUCUCGGAGCCCUGUCGCUCGGCGACUCGCAGCCGGGAUGCCCGGUCUGGGGUGAUGUUGGUCCGGCUCGCAGCAGCAGAGAACAGGAGCAGCUCACUUUAAGACUACAGCUGAACCGGCUCCAGGGUGCCCCCAGUCUGCUGAUGCUGGCACUGCAACAGCAACUCAGUGAGUUGAGGGUGGAUACAGGACUCGUAUGUGAGCAGAAUACAGAUGAGGAUUUGGAAACUCCCAGCGCAUCAAGCUCGGGAUUUUAUGAGCAAAGUGAAAGUCUGUCUCCUCCACUGCGUUCCUGCUCCUCUCCAAACCUCACUGCCUCCUGUCACAGGCCCAGAUCUUUGGAUGCCUACAUGCUGGACUGGGAGGGUCAUAUGGAGCCCACAGUACAUGCCAGCCUUCCCCGCUCAUUUUCUGCCCCAUACCCCCUAUUGGAGGGUAUUGCAGAGGGAAUAGAGGAUGAAGAAGAAGAAGACGAAGAAAGCCCUCAGUGGGUUACAGAUCAAAUGGGUGAUGGGAAUGAAAGCCUUACAGCCGAGAUGAGCCUCACUUCUGAUGAUCAGGCUGAUCCUACAGUGAAGAUAGAUGACGGCCCAACCGAAGAGGACAUCCAGCAGGCUAUGCGUGUGGAGACGUACAUCCUGAGACUCCUGCAGCGGCGACACUUCAGAUCUACAGCAGGACUCGACUCUGAGCCCGAUCGGUGGCAAGAAUUACACAAUUACCCUCCUGGUUACCCACAACUUCCACUUGACCCAUCGGAAUGGCAGGAAUGGGCACCGCUCUCAGAGGAAGGGAAUGACGACGAGACCCAAGACAGAUAUUACAUGAACCUUCCCAGUGCUCAGAUUGGACCAACUUCCCUAAGCAGCGAGGAGCCAGAAUCCUCCUUAGAAAUUGAUCAGUAUGGAGUUAAAGAUGUUUACGACAGCAGCAGCGACUCGCCUUGUCAUCAACCGGUUUACAACAAACUUCGUCCCACAAUGAAACCACACAUUCACACCUGCUGCAAUCACACCUGCGUACCUACGUCGUCAACUCCAGAGUCCCGUGAACAACACCAACCCAUUCCAUCUCAAAAGUGGGCUCUUCUUCGGUCCCUAACCAGAAGGGUUCCAGAGGAAGGGUGGACAACUCAAGGAGAGAGACAAACCAAGUCGACCUGCCGCUCUCGGUCCGAGGACAGUUGCGCCUCUCAAGGAUGGGCCGCCCAACCGGAGCACAAAUUUCACACUGUGGGACGGGACAUCGGCAGGCAUCAUAGGGAAGAAUUUUACCCAUCCAAUCAGCGACUCUGGUGCUCCACUGCAGAUCUCAGUCAAGAAGAGGAUGAGGGGAUAUUCAGAGAGGAUGUGCAUGAACUCAGAGGAAAUCAUUUACCAGUCAAACACACUAGCGUUCAGUUUGUGGAGCAGGACCAGGUCGCUCCUGCGCCGCCCAAUGGUUCCGACUCCAGUCUGAGUGAGACUUUCUCUCCAGGGACCAGUUCAGUGUCCAGCGACUCAGAUGAGAGCGGAGGGCUGGUCUGGCCUCAACAACUUCCUCCACGUUUGCCCCCUUCCUCCUCCUCCUCUUCCGCACAGAAUCCCUCCAAUGCUGUGGUCAAGAUUAAAGCCUCUCAUGCGCUCAAAAAGAAGAUCAUGCGUUUUCGUUCAGGCUCCCUCAAACUAAUGACCACUGUAUGAGACUGACUAUGACUAUUUCUCCACUAAAUUCAUUUGAAAACUUCACUUAAUCUGCUUGUUAAGUCGUGGCAUAUUGAAUACUUUCCGGGUCCAAGCUUCAAGUGAGAAUACCGACUCAACAGACCUUUCAUUCAAACUUUUAAAAACUCACGGUGUGCUCACAACAAUAUUUUAACGAUUCAGAAGAUCAUAAGGUUAGUAUCAAGAUUUUUCAGUAGUACUACAGCAUACUGUGAGUGUAUAUUAGCACAGUUUGCUUUUGAGAUCCAACAGAGCGUUUGGACUCCAGACUCCAGACCGGAUUCAGAUUUGUUUAGAAGUCCGUCCCCUCUUUCUUUCUUCUUGUAUUUUGUGUCUUGAUUUUCACUUCUGGGAUUCUUGUAUCUUUCUUCUUGUUAAUAAAAGAUUUGAUGACACGCAACCACAAGAUACAAAGCAAACCCACAAAGCACACCAAACCCAUUAAGAGAUUAUAUCAGAUGAUCAUUUUGUGGUACGCUAUCCCUCUAAAAAGACCAUAAGUCUGUAAUGUUUGUAAAUCACUUCCCUCAGCUUCUCUGGCAUGCCCUUAAUGCUUUCUUUCAUUACCAUAGCUAUAUAUUUUAGCUUUCCCCCUACUUAAAAUUUUAAGUUAUUUUGUUAUUGAUUAUUGACAAGACAGUGAAAUAGAGGCAGGAGAAUAGAGGAGAGAUGAGUAGUGAUGGAUGUCUCGAGACUGGUCUUUUACAUGGUCUCGGUCUUGUCACGGCCUUGAUGGUCUUGGUCUUGGUCUCGAGACCACUUUUACAUGGUCUCGAGACCACUUUUACAUGGUCUCGGUCUUGUCACGGCCUUGAUGGUCUUAGUCUUGGUCUUGUCUUGGUCUCGAUACGCUCUGGUCUUGGUUGUGUCUUGGUCUCGGUUCAGGCGGUCUUGACUACAAGUCUAGAAAUGAGAGAUCUAAACUGGAUCAAGCCUGGUCUCAAACUGUAAAGGGGCAGAAUUAUGACGUAAAGCCAUUUCAAUCCUACAUUGCUGAUGAUGAUUCAUUGUGUAAUGCAGAAUGGAAAUACUUGUCCUGGGAAUAUUUUAACAAGCAAAUACUCAGAGAACAAACUGCAGGAUGAAGAGAGAUAUUCGCUCACCUGGAAUUGAUUCUCAUUAGUUUAGCAUUUUAAAGAGGGCAAUUUUCACAGCUCAUCUCACACACACACACGGCAGGAUGUGCCUGGAGUUACGGAGGCAUCAUUAUCAGUACUACGUACCACUUUGCCUGCCAUGUCCCAGGUGUUGUUUUUAGUUUGCACAGUAUGAGAAUGAAGUUUACUUGAUACAGAUUUUGAAGCAUGUUUGUUAAUACGCAUUUGUAGUGUACUGCAGGUUUUUCGACAUUUAUAGUAACUAAUUAGUAUUUAUACUUUAUGAAGUUUGAUAACACAUAGCUUCGUUAUUGGCGCCACCUAGUGCAUUGGAGGACUGGAAUAUUUCAUGUUCUUGCUGCUACAUAGACAAACUCCCUUUACCUGUGCGGUACAGUGGAAAUACACUCCAGUGUGGAGUGUACUAAAAUAUGCCUUGCCUAAAUAUAAUAGCUCACCAUGCAUCUUUGAUCUCAUGCCUGCAGUGUAUUUUCAAGAUUUGUAUGUAGUCUUUGAAAAUGUUCCUGCUCAUUGCAUGUUGUUAAUAAACUUUUAUUUAUUUAUCAGC